UCACGCCAUAGAUUUAAAUGUAUUAUGCAUAGUUAUCGUAUUGUCCUGGCACUUUGUCUGCCACACUACCGUCACACCAAGUGCAAUGUAACGGUGCGAAAAUGAAACAAUGGAGAAUGUUCAGAGAGAAGGACUGUAUAUUCAACUUCAAAACUACUCGAGACCUUACCUCCCCGGCGAGACCAUCGUUGGCCAACUUCUCAUAGUCUUCAACACUCCACAGGAAUUCAAAUAUUUGAGUGUACGGCUCGAAGGAAAAGCGGAAGUUCACUGGACGCGAAGAGUUUCGAGAAAGUCGAGUAUAGGUAGAAUCCACAAGACGAUGCACUAUCGAGGUGUGGAACGCUACUUUCUUCAGAGAAUUAAAUUACUGGGCGACGGGAGUGAUUUUUGGUCGGGGUCAACCCAAAAACUUGCUUCUGGCAGUUCGAUUCAUCCCUUCACCUUCACCCUGCCUGACAACUUGCCCAGCUCCUUCAGAAGUAUGGACAAUGUGGCAAAAGUGCUGUACUUAAUUACUGCGAGACUGAAGAAGCCUUACUUUAGCUUUGACAUUCUGGCCACCAUUCCGUUCCAAGUUAGUGGACUGCUCCGAAUUUAUCCCGACAAGGAGUUAAUAUUUGUUUUGGAGGAAAGCAGGAUUGCGACUUAUUGCCACAGCCACUGCUUGGGGACUGGUCGUUCUAUCCGCUAUAAAGUACAACUGCCACAAAGAAGCUUUACUCCCGGAGACGUUAUUCCGAUGCAGGUGGAAGUGUCGAGCGAGGAUGAUGGUCACGUAAUGGACGCUAGCACUGUGGCCUCACUUUCUCUCAAACUAGUUCAACAUAUUGUCUACAGGAUUCGACGCCACCGACAUCAAGCAUCUUUUGAAGUUUGUAAAACGUCCCUGCAUCCAGGAAAGGAAAUGCUUGGUGGAAAUUUCUUAUUAUUUCUUGCAAUUCCAGUCCAUUCGUAUCCGACGAGACUUGGUGGACGGUGCAAGCUCAUCAAUUUGCAGUACGUUUUAAAUUUUGAAGUUGAGAUGGGACAUUUCUCCAAGAAUUGGAAGGGUACGAUACCCAUUGUGAUUGGCAGCGGCUGCGGCACUACUUCAGCUUCUACCCAAGAUUUUGUAAUUAAUUAAUUACAAAAUCCUAAUACAUUCACUCCACGGAAACAAGCUAAAAAGUUUAGGAAUCUUGGCUUCUACCAUUCAGGGCAACCAUCCAUUAACGCUUUCAUCAUCAUGAUUACAUGAUCGCAUUCAGAGGUCAACGCCGCUGAUCGUACGCGGUAACGUUUUACGCCCCACCGAUAAAUCUAAUUUCCUAUUCCUACAACAUUGGGGCGACGCGCCGCCGACGUCGCCGAAAAAUCAUCAAAAGUUUGGCCUCCUUCACUGUCAAAUUAGUCGGCGUCGACCUCUGAUUGAAUUUGCCUUAUAAAUCGUUUAUUGCGAAAAAUGUUAAAUACGAGACUUUCAGCUUACCCAGUCGUAUAUUUUGCUGUAAAAUUAUAUUCAUUGUAAGAAAUUGGAAACUUAUGCUCAAACUAUAAAAUGUUUAAAUUGCUAUAUCUACAAUGCUUCUGCUGGAACAAAACAGUAAACAAAGGAACGAAAAUCUGAAAAUGAAAUCAAGAUGAA